AUGGUUGUGGUCAACGACGUCGAGUACCUGUGCGAGGAGGAGAAGAGAUUGCAGGAAGAUCGAGCGCGAAAGCGAUACUGGAAGAAAUGGGGUCCCUAUGUGGCCGAGAGACAAUGGGCGACUGGUGCGUCUUAUAUCUAUGCUCCUCAUAAGAUUGUCGAUGAUGCAAUCACGGCCACAGGCUUGCUUGUUUUGCGCGAAGAUUAUUCUGAAAAUGGCGAUGCAUGGAGUCAUUUCUCGCACGAUCAUGCCCGGUCUAGAGCGUACCGAUGGGGUGAAGAUGGCAUAGCCGGAGUCUGUGACACACACGGUCAACUCAAUAUUGCAUUUUCAUUCUGGAACGAGAAAGAGUCGCAUUCCUACAUGAAGUACUUGUACAAGUAUCCCCAGAAGAAGUUCCCUUACCAAGAUCUACUUGACGAAAAUGCGCGUCGCGGAAAGCAAGACCGUGAAUAUCAGCUUCUCGACACAGGCGUGUUCAAAGAAAACAGAUACUGGGACAUCUUCAUCGAGACGGCCAAGGAAGCAGAUGAUGAAGAGGAGCUGUCCUUCCGAGUUAUUGCCUAUAAUAGAGGUCCCGAACCGGCACCACUGCAUAUCAUCCCCCAUGUGUGGUUCCGCAACACGUGGACCUGGGGUUGGGAAGACAAAGAGAAAAAGCCGAUUAUCAAGCAAACUGGCCCUCUCACAAUUAAAUCUUCGCAUCACACACUAGGAGAUCGUCAUGUUGCCUUCUCCCCGUCGCCGUCAUUCAAUGAAAACGAGGAGGACAUCCAACCUCGUAUGCUCUUCACAGAGAACAACACCAACAACGAAUUGCUGUAUGGGACGAAGAACAACGUUCCUUACGUUAAGGAUGCAUUCCACCGGUACAUUAUUGACGAGGAGAAAGAAGCUGUAAAUCCAGAUAAUGAGGGUACCAAAUUUGCAGCCUGGUAUGCCUUUGACGAGGACGAUGGAGUUCCGCCUGGCGAGUGCGCUGUUAUCAGGUUCCGUUUCUCUAGGAAGAGCGAGGAUUACGUUAAUGAGGAGGAGCUUGAUAACGUGAUUGAGCAACGAAGAAUAGAAGCAGACGAUUUCUACUACCGCAUCAACCCUCUUCCGAUGGCCGAAGAUCUCAGAAAUAUCCAACGACAAGCACUGGCUGGAAUGCUGUGGACAAAGCAGUACUAUCACUUCAUCUGGGACCAGUGGGCUAAUGGCGAUCCUGCCAUGAUCCCUCCUCCCCCCGGCAGGAAAAACGUUCGCAACCAACGAUGGAAGCAUAUGUAUCUAGACGAUAUCUUAUCCAUGCCUGAUUCAUGGGAGUAUCCUUUCUUUGCAGCAUGGGAUACUGCAUUCCACUGCAUUCCAUUGGCUAUGGUCGACCCUGAUUUUGCAAAGAGACAGCUUGAUCUGCUCACAAGAGAAUGGUACAUGCAUCCCAACGGCCAACUUCCAGCUUACGAAUGGAACUUUGGAGAUGUGAAUCCACCGGUGCACGCUUGGGCGGUUUUCAGGACGUUCAAAAUCGAACGUAAGAUGUACGGCCGACAGGAUCUUGAUUUCUUGGAGCGCGUCUUCCAAAAGCUACUGCUGAACUUCACCUGGUGGGUUAACCGCAAGGAUGCGGAUGGCAAGAACGUGUUCGAGGGAGGUUUCUUGGGUCUCGACAAUAUUGGUCUUUUUAAUCGUUCCGAGCCUCUUCCAACUGGUGGAGUAUUAGAACAGGCUGAUAGCACUGGUUGGAUGGCGUUUUAUUGCCUCAAUAUGUUGAACAUUGCUUUGGAGCUUGCAAAACAUCGUCGUACAUACGAGGACAUUGCGUCCAAAUUUUUCGAGCAUUUCAUCCUCAUCUCCGAUGCCAUGACAUUCAGGAACCAGGAUGGAGAGACUUCCCUUUGGAACGAAGAAGACAGUUUUUACUAUGAUGCCAUCUCUUACGGGGGUCCCUGGACCCAGCAACUCCCUGUUCGGUCACUAGUCGGUUUGAUCCCACUGUAUGCGGCCUCGACACUCGAGCCGGAACUUAUCAACGCUUUCCCAUCGUUCAAACGACGACUCAAUUGGUUCAUUGAAAACAAGAAUGACGUUGCAGAACGCAACAUUGCCAGCAUGCGCCACCGCGGUAAAGGAGAUCGGAUGCUCCUGGCUCUUGUAAGCAAAGAUCGUCUGGAAAAGAUACUUCGACGUAUGCUCGACGAGACGGAGUUUCUGUCAGACCACGGCAUCCGCUCCUUGUCCAAGUACCAUGAGAAAAACCCAUUCUCAAUGGAUGUAAAUGGCCAAAAAUUUACAGUCGGAUACGUCCCCGGAGAUUCGGACAGCGGACUGUUUGGUGGCAACAGCAAUUGGCGUGGCCCAAUUUGGAUUUGUGUCAACUUCCUGCUGAUUGAGUCUCUCUUGAGGUUCUACAUGUUCUAUGGCGAUUCUUUCAAAAUUGAGUGCCCGACUGGCUCUGGAGACUAUAUGCAUUUGGGUCAUGUCGCUGAAGAACUUCAACACCGAUUACAGCACUUGUACGUGAGAGACUAUGAUGGCCGUCGUGCUAUCAACAAUUGCAACGAUUUACUGGACUUUGAUGAACACUGGAGAGAUUAUCUGUGGUUCUAUGAAUUCUUCGAUGCCGACACUGGUCGAGGCUUAGGUGCAUCUCACCAAUGUGGAUGGACUGGACUACUCGCCAAGAUCAUCCAUGACACCGGUCUAAACUGUCGACUACCGCAAACACCUCGAACACCAACUAGUACGGCAGCGCAUUUCUUCGAUGAUGUAUUUCAUCGUUCUGCAAAACCACAGCGGCCUGGACAACGCUGGCUGCGACGGUCUUCGACGAGUCGCUCAAUUGGAAAUCGCAGUGAUUUUGAGUCUGUAAUCAACGGAGAUGCUGGUGGAAUCCCAAAUGAAGAAGAAGCCGUCUCGACCAAUGGCGCACCCACAAAUGGUGUCGGUCAUGUAGAGGAUCAUUUUAGUACCUAUGUGGCAGAUCAGCUCGGUCGCGUGCGAAACCGUGCGUCAUUGGCUGCCUAUGAGGACGAGUUUCAUACGCAGAUUGAUGCCAACGGGACAAAUGGCCAUUAG